AUGAGCGCUCCCAGUCAGUCAGCUUCUCCCGGGGGCGGGGGCAGGGCCAGAGGCAGAGGCAGGGCCAGAAUCAGGGAAGGCGGCGGGGUUGGCGGGAGGGAGCGAGAGGUUGUCAUUGCUACCGAAACUGGGAUUUCACCUGUCCCGGUGCCCAGUACAAGCGACGAAACGGGCCAUCCCUCCACUUCCGAUUCGUCCGAGUAUAGUAUCCGUUCUGAGUGGCAGACGCUCUCGCGGCCGCCGUUCGUUUCCUCAGAGUCGAGUACGUCCUCACGGGAACCGGCCGACUCGUGGAGCUCUGGCGUGUCCGCUCAUCUCAGCAGCAGUGUUAGCCGGGCUACUGAUUCCGACACUAGGAUUGGCCGUUGGGGGUUUAGUGUCCUCAACCCGAGGAAUCGGAUCUUAGAGCCCGCCACUCACUUAGAGGUUUCGGAGGGGGCUGCUCCUCCCACUAACCCAAACACCGACAUUUUGGGCUUACCGGUAGCACAAACUAUCGUCCCGCUUUCUGAUUCUGUUAUGUCAAUUCAAGGAUCCUCACAGCCCUCUUUAUUGAGCACCCCCCCUAGUUUGGGUGAUUUGCGUUCAGAAGCUAUUGAUGAAGGGUCAGUGCCCGGUUCCCAGGGAGGGUUGAUCGAAGAGCCCAUCCCGGCUUCAGAGCCCAGCUAUCGCUGGUUAUCGGAGCCAGAGCUUCCCACAGAGAACCGCCCCUCACCGGCCUCUGUGCCACCCACUGCGACAGCUCGUAACAGAACCCGAGGGCAGGGAUUCCACAAUCCCCCGGCGCCUGGUUAUCCGUGGGUGUCAGUGUUAGGGCCCCCUCUUCCCAGAUACUUUUCCCAACUGUCUGUGCAAGGGCCCCGUGUACCCCAUAACACCCCUCAUGGGUCUGGCCAGCACUCGAUGACCAGCCGGGAUUCGAUAGAACAACCUUCACGUAAUUUCCCGUCUCAGAUAUCGAUCCCAGUGCCUACUGUACCGUAUAACACCCCACGGGCGUCACUGCAAGGGCCCAACACCUUCCCAGCGCCGGGCUGCAACCGCCUGUCUCUAGAAGGCUCGGCUCCGCCCCCCGGCGCUCCCUGGGUGUUAGCACAUGGAUCUGCCCCGCCCGCGGUGGCCGGCCCCCACUGGGUAUUAUUAAGAAGGCCGACUCCGCCUUCGUGCUGCCCCCGGGUGUCCGCAGAAAGGUCUGCCCCACCCUUGCCAGUGCCGGCUCAAAUACCCACGCCCCGGGAGAGCCAGCAGCCAAGAAUGGCGAAUCAAGAGAAGGCGAUCCACAUGUUCGACGUAGUGGUGAUUGGAGGCGGUAUAUCAGGUUUGGCGGCUGCCAAACUCUUAUCUGAGUAUGAUAUUAAUGUUUUGGUUUUGGAAGCCCGGGACAGGGUUGGAGGAAGAACAUAUACUGUGAGGAAUGAACAAGUCAAUUAUGUGGAUGUUGGUGGAGCUUAUGUGGGACCGACUCAGAACAGAAUCUUACGCUUAUCAAAGGAACUGGGUAUAGAAACAUACAAAGUGAACAUCAGUGAGCGUCUUGUUCAAUAUGUCAAGGGGAAAACUUAUCCAUUUCGUGGUGCCUUUCCUCCAGUAUGGAAUCCCAUCGCCUACCUAGAUUACAACAACCUGUGGCGCACCAUGGACAACAUGGGAAAGGAGAUUCCAGCAGAUGCUCCUUGGCAAGCACCUCAUGCUGAUGAGUGGGACAAGAUGACCAUGAAAGAACUUAUCGAUAAAAUAUGCUGGACAAAGACUGCCAGACACUUCGCCUAUCUUUUUGUUAACAUCAAUGUGACCUCCGAGCCCCACGAGGUAUCUGCCCUAUGGUUCUUGUGGUAUGUAAAGCAGUGUGGUGGCACCACUCGGAUUUUCUCAGUUACCAACGGAGGCCAGGAACGCAAGUUUCUUGGUGGAUCUGGCCAAAUAAGUGAGAAGAUAAUGGAACUUCUUGGAGACCGAGUGAAACUCAAUCGUCCUGUCACCUAUGUUGAUCAAACUAAUGACAACAUCAUAGUUGAGACAGUGAAUCAUGAAACCUAUGAGUGCAAAUAUGUGAUUAGUGCCAUCCCUCCAAUCUUGACUGCUAAAAUUCACUUCAAACCGGAGCUUCCAUCAGAAAGAAACCAGUUAAUUCAACGUCUUCCCAUGGGAGCUGUCAUUAAGUGCAUGAUGUAUUACAAGGAGGCCUUCUGGAAGAAGAAGGAUUACUGUGGUUGCAUGCUCAUCGAAGAUGAAGAUGCUCCAAUUGCAAUAACCCUGGAUGACACCAAGCCAGAUGGAUCGGUACCUGCCAUAAUGGGCUUCAUUCUUGCCCGUAAAGCUGAUCGGCUUGCCAAGCUUCAUAAAGAAAUCAGGAAGAGGAAAAUUUGUGAGCUAUAUGCCAAAGUGCUGGGAUCAGAAGAAGCUUUACAUCCGGUGCAUUAUGAAGAGAAGAACUGGUGUGAAGAACAGUACUCCGGAGGCUGCUACACAGCCUAUUUCCCACCUGGCAUCAUGAGUCAAUACGGAAGGGUGAUUCGUCAGCCUGUGGGCAGGAUUUACUUUGCUGGUACAGAAACAGCCACCCAAUGGAGCGGUUACAUGGAAGGCGCAGUGGAGGCCGGGGAAAGGGCUGCUCGAGAGAUUUUGAAUGCCCUGGGGAAAGUGGCCAAGAAAGACAUAUGGGUUCCAGAACCAGAGUCAGAGGAUGUUCCAUCAUUGGAAAUCACACCUACCUUCCUGGAAAGAAAUCUGCCAUCUGUUCCUGGCCUCAUGAAGAUUAUCGGGGUGUCUACAUCAGUAACUGCUCUGUGUUUUAUCCUGUACAAGUUGAAGCUGCUGCCACGUCCCUAAAGUUUCAGCCUCAUGCAUUCUACUUAGUCCUACCCCAAACCUAUAAAAAAAAAGUUGGCCAUUUGUAAGCUGUGUAUCGGGCCAGUUUUAAGUGCACUUGAUUUAACCAUUUGCAAUGUAGUUUUAGUCUGUGCUAAUAUAAAACCCACCCAAAGAACCAAUCAAUUCAUUUUAGUAACAUUCUAUACUACUUUGUUUAUGUAGACUAGCUCGUGUUGAUAAAAUCUUGUGAUUGCCUCUUAAUUUCAAAACGUUAAAGUUGAAGUGCUCCUCAGAAACAAUUUUUGUGUCCUUGUUUUUCUUUCUUUAAAGCGAAGUAUCUGAUAAUUUCAAAAGUAAUGAGUUCAAAUUUUUGUCAGUAUGCAAUAGGUUAAGAUCCAGCCUGUGGCUGAACUUUUCCACUUAAACAAUUGUGAUGUGUUAGUGCAGAGCCCAGAGGCUUCUUAGCUUCCUGAGGUGAGCACUUCCUACAUUGGAUCAGCAAAUGCUAAAUGAGACACAGUGGAGUGGGACGUGUGGACUCUUGGUUUAGGGUGGGGGCAUCUUGUGGGCUGCUUGUCUAAUUCACAGGAAUCCCCUAAGCAGAUUCCUAUGACUUAGCUACCUAGGUUCAGCACUCCAGCAUGUUUUGCUCCUUCACUUCUUCCCGAGAUGAGCACUUACUGAGUUAGAAUGCUGAAAUGGAUUUGUUGGGACUUGUGUGCACCUCCUCAAAUGAGCAGCAGAAGAGAACAGCAGGACUGUCCCUGAUGAGGCCUCCCUGACUAGUUCCCUAUGAGCCCAGUUCCAGUGGGCAUCUUUUCUGCGUGGAAGGUGGCUGGACAGUCAGUGAUUUCAUUCCAUAAAGAUUUCAGGAAAGCUUUGUUGCAUUUUUUUUUUCAGGUAGCCCCCACAUAUCUGAAGGCUCUUAGAGGCAUAUAUUUUUCUUUAUUCUUAUAACCUUAGAAGUGUAUCUUUUAACUCAUAUAUCUUAAAUGUAGCUAUUUUGCAUAAGUAUUUGCAUGCCAAUUUAUGCUGAAAUAUGUAUGAUAAAUUUCUGAUUAUUACUUGUUGAAACUGUCAACAAAGAAAGGAAAUUAGGGCUCUAUAUGAUAACCUCAUUUCUAAAUUUUGUAACAGAAACAAAAUUGACUGAUUUUAUAUCUGAAAACUGAGUUCUCUUAUAAAGUGGGCUCAGACUGGUGCCCACCACUUACCUUGGCCAUUUUUAAAACUGCCAGAUUUUUUUAAAGCUCCUGCCAAAUAUUUCAAUUAUAAAAGCUUUCUUUUUAAAAACUACAAAUAUAUUUUUUAUUUAAGGAGAGUUAAAGAGUGCCAAAAGAAACCAGCCGUACCAAGUUUAUUACUCUAUUAACCUUAUCAGAAAUAUAAACGUAGUCUCUGGACCCUGGUAUGAAGAUUCAAGGUCCUCCAAAGGUUUUUUUAUCCUAAGAGCAAAGAGCUGGAUUUUUUCUGCCACUCUUUAUCUUGUGAUUCAAAAGCAUUUUAGCUAACUUAGGAGUUUCGACAACAUCUUGGAUAUGUUCCAGUACCAUCAAGCAUUACUGCACAUUAUAUCAAACUGCUUUGAGAAAUCUCACCUCAAAUCUCAAGCAGUUUUUCUGUUCACUUAAUGGUUAACCUAGUCCUGACACACCUUUUGGGAAUUGCUGACUUAAACUUCUGAACUAGCAACAGUUUUAACAGUAAUCAAAUAGAUAACAUUAAAGUCUUGCAUGUUGAAGAACUCUUGAGUGUACCAUUUACAUUCUUCUCCACUUUUUAGAAAGCCAGUUGAUUGAUCCUAUUUUAGCCAGUCCUGUUAAGCUCUAGAUUUGGGUCUUAAAAUGAUUGCCAGUCCAGAUAUGCCUAGACGUGAAAUUGGACCUAGGAACUCCCACCAUAUGUGAGGUCAUCCAUCAUGAAGAUAACAUUGGUAUUUUCUCCAAACCAAGAGACAAACAACAGUUUAAGAUGGCUGAUAGGGUAUUGCCCUGUAAGGCAUGCCCCUCACAGUUCUGAAAGCUGAAGUUGGCUUCAUUCUAGAGUUAGGUUGAGAAUUGGAUUUGGAAAUUUCAUGUUUGUCACAAUUGACUGCUAAAUAAGAUCUUAUACUCCACUGAAGAAGAAUAUGUUGAAGGAUUGUAAACCCUGUUUUGUUUAUGAACUUGGUACCUACUGUUCCAUGUCUAAAAUUUACCCCCCCGUGCUACAUGUGGGACUAUGCCUAUAUGUGUGUUUUGUCAUUGAAGUGCAAUUUGCUUGUGUGGUACUCUUUUGUUUGUUAAUAAAGUACACUACCACUCCUGA